CAACUUUGGACGGAAAGAAGUCUGAAUUGCCGGCGGGAUUUGUAUUACUAAUAUUAUUAUCGACCUGUAGUAGUACUCGGGUAUUUAGAUUACGCAUUAACGUGAGCGACGUAUGAUGUGGUCAUACAGUAUAAACUACUACGAGUACUAGGGCAUAGACGCAUAGAAAAUCGUUCAUUAGUGUUCACACAGGCACUAUCCGGGAGUGUUAACCCUUUGGCCGUGUGUCUCUCAGGGUGCGAAGAGGAGGGGGUGAUCCGGUCAGUACAGCGCGCGUUCACCUCGAUGUUGGGAGAGGGCGAGGAAGAAGAGGAUGAGGAAGACGAAGGUGAGGAGGAUGAGGAGGGGGGUGAUGAGGAGCAGACUGAGACCUUCUCUGCGGAGAUAGAGCUCAACCGAGAGAACAAGAAGAUGUUGAAGGAGCUACUACGAGACGAACGACCUGGUGUCCGCGAUCGGGAUGAUGGAGGAGGCGCUCGCGAAGCACCCCAGCCUGGUCACUGCGGAGGGGGUCAACGUGGUGGCCGAGUUCUACAUCUUCAACAAGGAGUACCCCCAAGACCCUGGAGGUGAUGCUGCAGUUCUGUGGGAUUUCUCUGGAGAGGAUCUCUUCUGAAGAGCAACGUGCAGAGAGAGAUGAGAGCGGGCUUCUCCUUCCUGAACCAUUACCUGAAGCUUUGGGGGUCCUGCCAGGAGAGCUUCUAUAACAUGGGGAGGGCUCUACACCAGCUGGGCCUGGUGCACCUGGCCAUCCACUACUACCAGCCCACCCUCACCUGCCCUGUGCCACACCUGAGCUGAAAGUUAUUUGAAUUGCCAAUUUUUUGGGUUGCGGAAAAUGGACCGCUUGACUCGUAGACUGACUCCUGGAAAUAUCUUUCAGUUGAUCAUGUCUUCAGAGAAGUCGCCGCCCCCCUCCCCUAGCCGUCCCUCCCUCUACCAUCCUCGAUUCAGAAACACGUCUGGUUUGGGAAUCAUUGGAAAUUCUGCGGCCCCCCCUCCCCCCUCCCCUCUUACCCUGAACCCCUAACCCUUGUUCUUUUGACCUGACAAGUGAAUUCCUCCCCCUAAAUCUCUCCACCCAUAAGUUCCCUUCCUCCCUGGACCUGUAUCCCACGCUUAUCAAUGAACCCACUUACCAUGCACCAAGCCCCUUCAAACCGUAAACCCAACCCAUUUGCCCUGAGCCCCAAUUUGACCUGCUUAUUAUCACGUUUAUAUUACAUCACAUCUCUUUAAACCUGACACCUUUGUCAAGCCCGACUCCUACGGUCUCAUACACCUUGCCUCAGCGAUUCAGUGGUCCCCCCACUUCCCUGGGCAGCUCUCCUCUCCCUGCCCUCCCCUCACUCUGAAUGGCCAUGGCAGCCUCUGCGCGGGAGCACCUGCAGUACAUGCGCCGGCGCAAUCCCCAGAUGCGCUACACGCUGAGCCCGGAGAACCUGCAGAGCCUGGCCACCCAGAACGCAGGCCCUGCCGAACCAAUGGGCUUCCAGCGCGCCAACAGCGACACAGACCUGGUCACCUCUGACAGCCGCUCCUCGCUCACCGCCAGCACCUACGAGUUCACGCUCGGCCUGGCGCAGGACCUCAUCAUCUCCUGGGACAUCAAGGAGGAGGUGGACGCCACGGACUGGAUCGGCCUCUACCACAUCGAUGAGAACUGCCCCUCAAAUGUGUGGGACUCGAAGAACCGCGGGGUGAACGGCACCCAGAAGGGGCAGAUUGUGUGGCAGCUGGAGCCUGGGCCGUACUUCAUGGAGCCUGAAAUAAAGAUCUGUUUCAAGUACUACCACGGGGUGAGCGGUGCUCUGCGCGCGACGACACCCUGCAUCUCCGUCAAGAACCCCGGGGUGAUGGUGGGAGCGGAGGGGCUGGCUGAAGGAGACAUGGUCGCACAGCCCUGUCGGAAACUCGUCAGCUUCACACUGUCAGAUCUCCGAGCCCUGGGCUUGAAGAAGGGCAUGUUCUUUAACCCCGACCCGUACCUGAAGAUGUCCAUCAAGCCAGGAAAGAAGAUCUCAUUCCUCACCUUCGCCCACCACGGCCAGGAGAGGCGGUCCACCAUCAUCGCCAACACCACCAACCCAGUGUGGCGCGGCGAGAAGUAUUCCUUUGUGGCCUUGCUCACUGACGUGUUGGAGAUUGAGGUGAAGGACAAGUUCGCCAAGAGCCGACCGAUCAUCAAGCGCUUCCUGGGGAAACUCGUCAUCCCGGUCCAGAGACUGCUGGAGAGGAACGCCAUUGGGGAUCAGAUCCUGAGCUACAUGCUGUGCCGGCGGCUUCCCACGGACCAUGUGAGCGGGCAGCUGCAGUUCAGAGUGGAGAUCACCUCCUUUGUGCAUGAAGAUGCCUCUCCAGGCACUUUCCUGGGGGCAGUGGCGGUAAACGGGGACCCGGAGAGCCCCUCUGAUGAUGAGGACCUGCCAGGGAACCCCCCCACUGCCAGGGGCCCGUCCCCCACAGGCUCAGAGGGGUCUCUGCCAGGGGAGGCAGCCCCCCAGCCCUUUUCCAGCGAGACCAGGGGGACAGAGGAGGAGGAGCAGGAGGGAUGGCCACAGCCGGCUGAGAGCGAGUCCCCGACCCGCUGCACCCAGACCUUGCGGCAGGAAUCCCUCAAUGACUACCUGGAUGCCCUGGAGCCCAAACUGGGGACCACGGUCGGGGCGGCGGGCCCCAGUGAGAGGCCCAUCAGCGGGGCCUCCCCAAAACUGAGGAGCAGCUUCCCCACGGACACGCGGCUCAGCGCCAUGCUGCACAUUGACUCAGACGAGGAGGACGAGCAGCUGGAGGAGGAGGGGGCGGCGCUGGAGGUGGGGCUGCUGAUGCUGAACGGGGGACUGCGGCAGCUCAAUGGCAGCAGGGAGGCCAAGGGGGAGGGAGAGAAGGAGGGAGAGGAGGAGGAGGAGGAGGAGGAGGGGUUGGGCAGUCUGCACCAGCUCCUGAAAAGAUUGCCUUCCACACACCUGCUCGGGGACGACGAGGUGGAGGAGAAGGAGUCUGGAGCCACGCAGGACCAGGACAGCGAGACCACGGCCUGCUCCUUUUCCUUCGAGAGCACACGCUUCCCAGCCUCCUUCUCACAGGAGGAAGAGAACGCGGAGGCAGCGAACAUCUCAGAUCCAGGGGGAGAGGCUUCCCCUGAGGCCACACCCCCUGCAUCCACUGACACCCUUGAUGAAGAGGGAGGGGCCUGUGGGGGUACGGUAGGUGGGGAGGAGCCUCAGCCAACUGUCUCGGCCAGUGAGGAAGAGGGAGAGGAAAUCUGGCAGAGGAGGCGGAGCAUUCAGGCAGCAGGGGGCGAGUCUCUAGAAGAGGAAGUGAGGUCAGCAGGGACUGUGGCAGAGGCAGGGGCACAUGGGUCUGAAGACUCGAGUCAGGGAGCAGCGGAGACAGACCACGACGCAGACUCCCAGUCGAACGAGCACCAGCCCAUACGCUCCCUGCCCUCUGUGCGGCAGGAGAUGGGCCGGUACCAGCGAGUGGACGAGUCGCUACCUCCCAACUGGGAGGCGCGUAUCGACAGCCACGGGCGCAUUUUCUACGUGGACCACGUGAACCGGACCACCACGUGGCAGAGGCCCACCACGCCGGCCGCCUCCCAGGUCCUGCAGAGAUCCGACUCCAUACAGCAGAUGGAGCAGCUCAACCGCAGGUACCAGAGUAUCCGUAGGACCAUAACCAACGACCGCUCAGAGGCCCAGGCUCCAGAGGCCCCCCUUGAGGACAGUGACCUGAUGCACCACACCAUCCCAGAGUACCGGCGUGACAGCACCCUACCCCCCUCCAGCUCACGCUCCCGCCUGUCCCUGCUGCUGCAGUCCCCCUCCGCCAAGUUCCUGACCAGCCCUGAGUUCUUCACCAUGUUGCAUUCCAACCCUAGUGCCUAUCGUAUGUUUACAAGCAACACGUGUCUGAAGCACAUGAUCACCAAAGUGCGCAGAGACACGCACUACUUUGAGCGAUACCUGCACAACCGUGACCUGGUGACUUUCCUCAACAUGUUCGCCAACAAGCAGCUGGAGCUGCCGCGCGGCUGGGAGAUGAAACACGACCACCAGGGCAAGCCCUUCUUCGUGGAUCACAACUGCCGCAGCACGACCUUCAUCGACCCCCGGCUCCCCCUACAGAGCAGCCGCCCCCCCAGCGUGCUGGCUCACCGGCAACACCUGACCCGGCAGCGCAGCCACAGCGCAGGGGAGGUGAGCACGCGCCGCCUGGUCGGUGAUGAAUCUCGGCACUCGGGCCCCCCGGUUCUGCCACGCCCAUCCAGCACCUUCAACACAGUGAACCGGAACCAGUACCAGGACCUGGUGCCAGUGGCCUACAAUGAUAAGAUUGUGGCGUUUCUGAGACAGCCCAACAUCUUCGAGAUCCUGCAAGAGAGGCAGCCGGAGCUCGUCAGGAACCACCCGCUCAGGGAGAAGGUGCAGUUCAUCCGCAGUGAGGGCACCACAGGGCUGCUGAGACUCUCCAGCGAUGCAGACCUGGUCAUGUUGCUCAGUCUGUUUGAAGAGGAGGUGAUGUCAUACGUGCCUCCACACGCCUUACUGCACCCCAGCUACUGUCAGUCAACACGAGGCUCGCCAGUCUCCUCCCCACAGAACUCUCCAGGUACCCAGAGAGCCAACGCCCGCGCCCCUGCACCCUACAAACGAGACUUUGAGGCCAAACUGCGCAACUUCUACCGGAAACUGGAGACGAAGGGCUAUGGACAGGGGCCGGGGAAGUUAAAGCUCAUCAUUCGGAGAGAUCACCUGCUGGAAGACGCCUUCAAUCAGAUCAUGGGCUACUCCCGCAAGGACCUGCAGAGGAACAAGCUCUACGUCACGUUCGUGGGAGAGGAGGGGCUGGAUUACAGCGGCCCCUCGCGGGAGUUCUUCUUCCUGGUGUCCCGGGAGCUGUUCAAUCCAUACUACGGCCUGUUUGAGUACUCGGCUAACGACACCUACACCGUGCAGAUCAGCCCCAUGUCUGCCUUCGUCGACAACCAUCACGAGUGGUUCCGGUUCAGUGGCCGUAUCCUGGGCCUGGCUCUCAUUCACCAGUACCUGCUGGACGCCUUCUUCACAAGACCCUUCUACAAGGGGCUGCUGAGGAUCCUCUGUGAGCUGAGUGAUCUGGAGUACCUGGACGAGGAGUUCCACCAGAGCCUGCAGUGGAUGAAGGACAACGACAUCAACGACAUGCUGGACCUCACCUUCACUGUCAACGAGGAGGUCUUCGGACAGAUCACUGAGCGCGAGCUGAAGCCAGGGGGCGCUAACAUCCCUGUGUCAGAGAAGAACAAGAAGGAGUACAUCGAGCGCAUGGUGAAGUGGAGGAUCGAGAGGGGCGUGGUGCAGCAGACUGAGAGCAUGGUCCGUGGCUUCUAUGAGGUGGUGGAUGCCCGGCUGGUGUCAGUGUUCGAUGCCCGGGAGCUGGAGCUGGUGAUCGCUGGCACAGCGGAGAUCGACCUGAGUGACUGGAGGAGCAACACGGAAUACAGAGGAGGUUACCAUGACAGCCACAUUGUGAUCCGGUGGUUCUGGGCAGCGGUGGAGCGGUUCAAUAAUGAGCAGAGGCUCCGGCUGUUGCAGUUUGUGACGGGCACCUCCAGCAUACCCUAUGAGGGCUUUGCUUCGCUGCGCGGGAGCAACGGACCCAGGAGGUUCUGUGUGGAGAAGUGGGGCAAGAUUACCUCGCUACCCAGAGCUCACACCUGUUUUAACCGGCUGGACCUGCCUCCCUACCCCUCCUUCUCAAUGCUGUACGAGAAGAUGCUGACUGCGGUGGAGGAGACGAGCACCUUCGGCUUGGAGUGAAAUCUCCCCGUCCCACCCCACCCCACCUCACCUCACCCUACCUCCCUGCCACACACUGCUGGGUACCUAAGGACGCCCGGGGCUCAGCAGGGACCUUCAGAGGAAUGGACCUUCCUGGAGGGGCGUCUGACAGGCUUCAGUGGAGGAGGGAGCUCUUUGGAACACCUGAGGAACAAGAGAGGAGGAGGGGGGGUGAUUUUGGAUCAUAAGCCAUUAUUCUAGGAAAAUAUGGGAUUAGGAUGCAGGAUUCAGGAGAUAGAGUUUUGGAUUCAGAAAGGGGGAUUGGAAGAAUGCUGGAGAGAAUUCCCACCAAGAAAAGACAAGCUGGGAUUGGCUAGUACUGAAGAACACUCCUCUCUCCUCAAUAUCAACCAACUGGGAAUCAAAGAAAAUACACCUCCACCAAUCACAGGAGCAAUGAAAGAAAGAAUACACAUAUUUUAAUAUUUAAAAUAUGAAUAUAUAUAUAUAUAUAUAUAUACACACAGAUAUAUAUACCAAAAUAAGUUAUAGUAAAGCUACCAUUGACAUGGUCGCGGCUUUUAAUUUUAAUUAUUUUAUUUUUUAAACAAAAUGAAGACUGAGUAAUUUCUGUAUCUUUGAGCUUUGACACACAUACACGCACACACACGCACACACACACACACACACACACUGGGACUGCUACUUGCAUAGAAUCCUAGUACUAUUGAAUGUGUAUCAUGAAACAAUCCUAUAUGAAUGCUAUCUGAAGGAAUGAUUUUAUUUUGUUAAUACCCUUAGUGCACUGUACCUCCUCUCUCUCACUCUAUGGUUUGCAGGUGCAUUCGAGGGGAGCUUGCUGUCAGAUUGGGGAACAUUUUACCCUCAGCUCAACGUUUUGACUCGAGGACGACCCUUUGGGAUCUUUUACCUUCAUUCCACAGCAUCCUUUCUUUUGGACUUUUCUAUUCCUGUAACAGUUCACCCUCACACGCAGCGCCUUGCUCUUUUAAACAAUGACUGGCCCUGCCCAGUAGCAACCCGGGGGGGCAGAUCAGAGGGUGAGCCCCAAGACUCUCUGCGCUCAUUGCUGCUGCUGAAAGGUCUGGCGUCUCUGCACUGGCACACUGCAUUUAUUGUAGCACUUAAAAAAGAAUGUUAUGUUAAUAA